GGAAGAUGGGAAGAUCAAGUACGCCGCACAGUCACCUGAUGAAGCCGCUCUGGUUGACGCAGCAAAGAACUUCCGCUAUGUGUUCACCGGACGUAACCAGAAUAUGGUCGACAUCUGCUGUCAUGGAGAGAAAAUCACGUAUGAAGUACUUAAUAUACUUGAGUUCAACUCGGACAGGAAGCGGAUGUCGGUCAUCGUCAAAGGGCCCGAUGGCAGGAUAAAACUGUUGUGCAAAGGCGCUGAUAAUGUGAUGUUGGGGGGGCGAGUGAAAGUCGAUGACGAACGCAAAUUCAACGCCACGAACGCUCACUUGGAAGAAUUCAGCACAGAGGGACUGCGUACGCUUGUGUUGGCCGACAAGGACAUCCCCCAACACGUUUACGACGAGUGGAGCGCAAAGUACAAGGCCGCGGCCCUGUCUCUUGAGAACAGGGCGGAGGAGGUGGACGCCGUGGCGGAGCUGAUUGAACAGGAUCUGAAUCUCAUCGGAGCAUCAGCCAUUGAAGACAAACUGCAGGAGGGUGUGCCGCAGACCAUCGCCAGUUUGCGCAAGGCGAAUAUACGCGUGUGGGUGCUUACCGGUGACAAGCAAGAGACAGCCAUCAACAUUGGGUUCGCCUGUCAGUUGCUUACCAACCAAAUGGAAUUGUUUGUCAUCAAUGAGCGAGGCUUUGAGGAAGUAGGGGAAAAGCUGAGGGCGUUAAAAGAGCAGAUCGAUAGCGAUCAGUUUACGCAGAGAGAGCUAGGGCUGGUAAUAGACGGCGGUGCUCUAGGGUAUGCACUCGACGACACACUGAAGUUGGAACUACUGGCCAUCGCCGAACAGUGUGCGUCUGUGGUGUGUUGCAGAGUAUCACCGAUCCAGAAGGCACUGGUGGUGAAGCUGGUCAAGGAGAACCGAGGGG